AUGCAAAGGCCAACAAAAGAAGCUCACGAGCAUCUUCAAGCCAUGGUUAGACUUGCAAAUUUAUUAAUUACUGAGUCAAUAAAUCAAACAGAUCCAAUUUUGAAACCAGAAAGAAGUAUUUCAACACAAGAUUUUCUCCGAGAAUAUACAGAGCAUUCCAAAGCACUUUCUCAAAUAAUGAGUACCAUUGGUCAGCCAGAAGAUUUAGAUGUUCCAGAAGAUAUUGACGAACAGAUAGAACAAAGUAGGAAAGAACUUGCAGACGCAGUCCAAAGAUUACAAGUUAAGCUGAAUAAGCUUAACCACCUAAGAUUUUGGAUGGAUAAUAUGGUCAUGGAAAAGACUCCAGACCACUAA